UGUGAAUCCAAUAGAGGUCAGGGAACCAGUGUAGUCUGGGAAAACCCAGGUCCUUUGCACGUUAUUGUGUUGUUAGCCAAUUGCAGUACAAAAAUAAUGCAAUACAAUGCAUGCACUGAUGCGGUCGAGUUUAUAGAGAAAGGUCGUGUGUUGUUGGUUCUACGAAUAGACUAAGUACGUGCCACAAUACGCUCUUGUAAUUGUAUUAUUUCAAUUUGCCCAGUAAGUUUAUCUACGGCAUAAUGGCUUGAUUUUGUCUGCGAACUCUGAUAGCUAAAAAUCUGUAACUUUCCACAUUCACAAUGGCGACCACAGUGAAGGAGAUAGGUAGCUGGCAGUCCAAGGGGACGCUAGGGCAGGGAGGCUUUGGGACUGUCACUUUAUGGCAACAAAAGGAAACUAAAGAUGAAGUGGCCCUAAAGCAGUGCAGAGUCAACCUAGACGCCAAGAACAAGAAAAGAUGGGCCAUGGAGAUCGAUAUCAUGAAGCGCUUGAAGCACCCCCACAUCGUACAAGCUAAGGAUGUUCCUUCAGAACUGCAGUUAGGUCAGGGGGAGCUCCCCCUAUUAGGCAUGGAGUACUGCAAGAAAGGAGACCUACGCAAGGUCCUAUGCAGACCAGAGAAUUGCUGUGGCUUGCGGCAAGAACAGGUCUUAGAUGUAGCCAAGCACAUCUGUGACGGCGUGGAGUAUCUGCAUUCCAAACGCAUCAUCCAUCGGGACCUGAAACCGGAGAACAUUGUCAUACAGGAGAAUGAAAAUGGACAGCUUGUCUACAAGUUGACUGACCUGGGCUAUGCCAAAGACCUGGACCAGGGAAGUGUAGCCAGUACCUUUGUAGGGACUCUCCAGUAUCUGGCACCAGAACUCUUUGCAUCACAGAAGUACAAUCAGACAGUCGACUACUGGACUCUGGGCACUGUGCUGUUUGAGUGCAUCACAGGCAGCCGGCCGUUUCUACCCCACAUGCCUCCAGUUAAAUGGCACGGCACAGUGAAGCAGAAGACGGAUGAGGAAAUAUGUGCUUACAUCAACGAAGAAGGUGCCCCGAUCUUCACAGAGUUCCUACUGACCCCAAACCACUUAGUAGAACUCUACAGAAAAGGGUUUGAGAUGGUACUUCGGAAUAUGCUGAGGUUCGAGCCGGACCACCGAGGAGGCGGCCUGGACCCAGAGACCAAACGGCCGCAGUGCUUUGUCUUCUUGGAUGGGAUGCUAGCCGUGCAUGUUGUCAAUGUGCUGUACAUGAACACAGACACUCUCUACAGCUACGGCAUCAGGAAUAACGACGCCAUGUCCGUCAUACAGAAACAACUAGAGAAGGACACUGGCGUAGCUCCCAGUCAGCAGGAUAUCCUCUUGCCUACUGGCCAGUCGGUGGAUCCACAGAAACCUGCUGUCCAGUACACACAGGGAGAGAAUCAGCCAGGAUUCACAAUGUUCAUGUUCCGGAAGGGUAACGUUCCGGAGACCUUGCCACCGAAACCCAAACCGGACCGAGUCAACAUGAUCAUUCAAGAGCCGAAGACCCUACUCAGCUACAAUGACAGGAAGAAGUGCUGGGGCCAGGCUGUGUACUUCUGCAACCAGCAAGCCAAGGAAGCAUCUAGGCUUCUGGAGGGUGCUAGAGCUUCAAUGUUGUGCACCAUGCGGUUGAACCAUCAGCUGACGGACCUACACAAAGACAUGAUGAGUCAGAUGCACAAAUUGGAAGCCAAGCAGGAUAUGUUUCGCUCAAGCCUGGAGUUUGACAUCGAUUCCUACGCAGUCCAGUCUCCCACGGGCAUCACUUCAGAAAAGAUGUUUCGCAGCUGGAAAAACGCUGAGCGAGAAAUUGUUGAAGACUUUGAUUCAUUAAAGAGGGUGUACUCCUUGAAUGGUCAUGUCAACAUAACCCAAACCAAGAUUGUGGAACUGCAGAAAAGUCCGCUGUCCAGACAGAAGCAGGUGGAAGGCCUGGUGGAAGUUGAAGUAGCAGCCCAGAAGCUGUAUCGUGAACUACAGCAGAGUAAAGGUGGAGAAGCAGGUUGCACCUUCCAAGACAGUUCCAAGAUGCAGAAUUUGAUCAUCAAAAGCAUCAACUACAGAACCAAACAGACCAAGGAACUCUAUGGUCAUCUGCAGAAAUUAGUGUAUUGUAAAGUGGAGUCAGAGAGGCUGGUUCCACAGAUCGCUACUAGUGUCAACGAGAUGAGGAACCUGGAGAGGAGAAUGAUCUCCCACCAGCAACAACGGCAGAAAGAUAUCUGGACACUCCUUAAACAUGCUGUUAGCAGAGUUCAUAAUACUGUUUCACCACCGGUGUCAGCGGCUAACAAUAUACAUUACAGCCGUCAGUCCUCCUCAGCCUCAGUUACCAGUUCCGGCUCUGGCUCAGGCUCAGGCUCUGCCACGGACCUGUUGAGUCUUGGAAACAAACCACUUCAAGAUUCGUUAACACUGGUGAACCAAAGCUCUGUGACAAGAAACAAGUUUGACGAUGUCGUUGAGAGCAUCAAAGCCGAACAGGAAGAGUUACUGCAGGCGACAGAAACAAAGAAGUGGGAGUUCCUCAACAGUUAAGAGAAAAACAUGCAUCACUGAAGUGGCGCAGUAAUCUUGCAGCACGAUUUUCAACUGUUGUACCCUCUAAACAUCUGACCACAUCUGGAUACAGAUUACUCCAUCAAGACAAAAGUUUGAAGUGGGUCCCUACCCCCAUAGGCACCAGCCUAUAUUGGUCGGGUGUCUAUAUCCAAGUACCAUGGCAUUGUAUGCAGCUUUGAUAGGGAACUACAUGUAUAGUGACCUGUCUUCCACAUUUCAUUUCUGAAAGUAGGAGUUUUGGGUUUUAAAUUUUCAUCUGUCAGCUGAUGGAACUGUCAUCCAAGUGUUUAAUAAGUAACCCAAAAUGCAAUUUGUUAUAGGCUUGGGAAGUUCACAGUGAACUUACACGGUUCCUUUAAUAAGUGAUUGGUACUGCAGUUCUGGUUUCAACUAGCUUGCAAGGUAGAACCAGGCAGAACUGGGUAGAACCGGGUAGAUCCGGUAGAACCGUUUACCCACCAGAAUAUCCCAAGCCUAACCUGUGGUGUUUAUUUCACUGAAAUCAUAAUUCCAUUGUACAUGUAAUUGUAAAUACAAUGUAAUGUGUGACAUUAAAUUUUAUGCAUAUAAUGAAAUCCGUUUCAGCUAAGCGAAGUGUUAGGUCCUUUCGUUGACACUUAUGUGAAGGCAUUGCUGUUUUGGUUGAUGGGUUAAUUGUUUUAUCAAGGUAAGGACGAUGUGAAAGAAUGCAAUUGUGCAUUUCAGAUAAAUGGAGCUGUUGAACUGGAGUUACCCAUAACAUUCUGUUCAUUGUAGUAGGGUCUUUCAUACACCAUUGUUGUGACUUGUGAUACAGGGUGAGUGAAAAAACAGCUAACCCAAAUGGCGCCCCCUAUUUUUAAAAGAAGUUCUGCACAUCGCAUGUGAACGCCCAAUUAAUAAGUUUGCAUUUAGUAAAAGAAUCAUUCAAAUCACUCAUGUACUUUUCCAGUUACGGAUUUUUGAACACAAAGACAGUUUUAAAAGUUUGCCCGAUCCACGACAUCACAUUUAAGGUACAUGAUAUUUCAAGAAAAUGAAACCAUGUCGUAUCACGAAAAUGAUAUCAACAUAUUAUCCCAUAAGUCUCCGGGGUAGCCAAGUAGAAGUUCUAGAAGGCAGGGCAGGACUAUAAACUCGUGACAUUUUAAAGCAUGUUGUUUAACAUUGGAAGCAAAGGUGUUUAAAUAAGGUUUACGAUAAGAGCCAGUUAUCGUUGUUAUGAGAGUGUUCCGAUGUCUUUUUCUAUAUGUGAAUUGUUUUCAUUUUGCUGAAAUAUGACUAACCUUUAUUGUGAUUCUUGGACAAAAUUUUAAAACUGCAUUUGUGUUUAAAAGUCUGUAACUGGAAAAGUACAUGAGUGCUAUGAAUGAUUAUUUUACUAAAAUAAAGCUUAUUAAUUGGGCUUUCACAUCCUAGAUCUGACAAGUGCUGCGUACAUGCAGCAAGUCUUUUAAAAUUGGAGUUGCCCUUUGGGUUUCCUUUUUUUUUUACACCGUAUUGUUUAAAAUAUUUUAUCAAAGUGAAUUUUUUUGAUGCCAGGGGAAUUAUAUGUAAAAAAAGAAAUACAUGUUUGUGAAACGACAUUGUAAUAUUCUGCAACCUGAAUUAAUGAAACAACAGAUUAUUGGAAUUUUGGCCACUUAAAAAUGUGUAUUGGUGAUGCCAAACUGAACUUGUAUAUUGUACCUUUAUGGUUAUGUCACUUAUACAGGAAUACAUAUAAAAGUAAUUUAAAAGUGAACCUUUUGUAACAGAAAA